CAUAAUCAUCGCGAAUGAUAUGUCAACUGUCAUAUCAACAAAUUUUCUUGUAAUUUAUUGUUUUCCAACAAAGUUAUUUAGAAUGUUCCAAACUAUAGAUUAUUAUGGAAAGUUACCAAGUCGAAUAUGACAAGAACGGCUUGUUACCAGACACGUUUUGGAGGACACCGCAACGCGCGUUACCGGGGAGACCUUGCCAGAGGGUCGGACAAGAAGAGGUUAUGUCGGGGUCAUCGUAUCAGCAGUUCCAGGCAUCCGUGAACGACGCCUGGGACUUGGGCGACGACGACAUUAUCUCGGGCAUCGCGGAGACUAAAAUAUCGAAGGCCAUAUCGCAGACGGCGGCUUUAAACGUAAUAAAUUCUCAUAGGAAUAGUAGUAAGAAUGUAAAUAAAAGUGACGUAAAGGAGAGUGACGGUGUAAAGGGACGGGAGGAGGUGUCGGAAGUGCGUAAGAAUGAAGUUCGUAAGGGCGGCGGGGCAGGGCUGCGGCACUACCCGGGGCGGCCGCGGCCCGUGCGCCCCUCGGCGCUGUCCUCGCGCGAGGAGAGCAGCGAGUCCAAGCUGGAGCGGUUCCAGCAGCUCCACGAGAUCGCGGUUGUGAACUUGGACGAGCUCAAACAGAUCAGCUGGUCUGGAAUACCUGUCAAAGCACGAGCAGUAACAUGGCGUCUCCUAGCCGGCUACCUGCCAGCGAACUCCGAACGUCGAGCGGAGACUUUGGAGCGAAAGAGAGCCGACUACAAACACCUGGUGCGACAGUACUACGAGUCAGAGAGGGAUGACGAUACGUACAGACAAAUACACAUAGACAUACCGCGCAUGAGUCCCCUGGUCGCGUUGUUUCAGCAGCAUACUGUCCAGGUGAUGUUUGAGCGAAUCCUGUAUAUCUGGGCGAUCAGGCAUCCAGCGUCAGGGUACGUGCAAGGCAUUAACGACCUCGUGACGCCGUUCUUCAUGGUGUUCCUGCAGGAGGCCGCGCCAGGGGAAGAAUUGGACAAUUAUCCUUUAGACAAACUCACAGAGGAACAACGGGACAUAAUAGAAGCGGAUUCAUUCUGGUGCCUGUCCAAGUUCCUGGAUAGCAUACAGGAUAAUUACAUAUUUGCUCAGUUAGGAAUACAGUAUAAGGUGAAUCAACUAAAGGAGCUAAUACGGCGCAUCGACUUACCAUUACACGAACACCUGCAGAGCCACGGGGUUGAUUACUUGCAGUUCUCAUUCCGCUGGAUGAACAACCUGCUGACCAGGGAAAUUCCUCUCCCCUGCACCAUUCGCCUGUGGGACACUUACCUGGCAGAGUCAGACGGGUUCGCGAUAUUCCAGUUGUACGUGUGUGCUGCCUUCCUACUCCAUUGGAGAGAGAGGUUGAUGUUAGAAAGGGACUUCCAAGGCUUAAUGAUACUCUUACAAAACGUCCCCACUCAAAACUGGACGGAUUCUAACAUAAGCGUACUUGUUGCGGAAGCUUAUAGGUUGAAAUUCGCGUUUGCUGACGCUCCUAAUCAUUUACAAAGCGCUGGAAAGUCGGAUAGAUGACCUGGGAGUGCAUCGCGGAACGUCUAAGGCUUAAAUAACACCUGCUUGUUUGAUCCAAUGUUGGCACAAUUUCGCUUAUGCCGGUUGUAUUAUUUUUUAUGUUGGCCGUACUUUGAUGCGAUGUGGGUACAAUAAGAAACCACCCUUUUAUUUGUGAAAUGAAUUAAAGAUUCGAUUAAAAAUGUGUCAUAUCGCCUUAGUGUAGAGUUUAAACUACAUCGAUUAAGAGGUUAAGAUAAACUGCGGUUUCGUCCGCGGCUGUUGUGCUGACCGUACGGAUCUGGCAGGGUAAUUUAUAUUUUGUGCCGGUCCUGCGCGUGCGGUGGUGUAACUUCAGAAAAGGCUCGGGUACCAUAAACCAUGAAUUUUAAUAAGCAAUUAUAUAACAAAAAUACGUUUUUAUAUAUUUAAGGCUUUUUUCGACAUUAAGUAAAUCUGUGGUCGCAAGUUUGCAAUACUAAAACGAACUAUAAAUUCUGAAAAAUAUAUUUCUGUAGCAUAAAGCCUCCGUUGUUACGCCGCACCACGCGAGACAGCCAUGCAAUUCACUUUAUAACAAUUAUGGCAAAAUACAGUAUACUAUGACGUGGCAGUUUGACAGUUCUCAAUGUCAUUUAAAUUCCAUUAAUCUAUUGUUUUUGCUAUUUGUUCUAUGAUAUAACUCAGAGACACGAGGUUAAAAAGUAUUUAAGUCACGAAAAACUUUUAAAAAAAUUACUUAUGAAGUUAUAAAAAACAAAAAAGUAAAUAAAAAAUUUUAGGUUGUUUAAGGUUAAAAGUAACCUUUAUUAUUUAACUAUAGAAAAAAGUUCAGGCGCGGUUCCAGAGGGUGGGUUUUUUGGCCCCCCAGAUCCAUAAAUUCGAUGUAAUUAAUAAGAAAAAUUUUACUCACUGCACUAAAUUUAAUAAAAAAUGAUUAUCUUUUUUAUGAAAAAUGUACUCCUCGCUUCCAAAAAACACGAAGCUAAAACAUGGAUCCGGGCCUGUGCGGAACAAUAUAAAAAAAAAACUUAAAAAAAAGAUAACAUUUCAAAUGUAAUUUCGACUAAAUAUUGUUUGGUGUUAAGUUACUUUUCCUUUAAAAUAUUUUUCGGUUACUAUACAAAUGCCAUUCAGACCCCAGCGAAUUUAAUAAAUGACGUAUUAAUUAUUUUUGUUUAAUGUAUCAAAUAUUAUGUUCUUUAAGAGGUUUUUUGUUCCAGUCUCUAUGCUUCCUUAUACAUAGGGCCGGCCUUGUGUAAUCCAUAAGUGGCCCCUUUAAUUUAGCAAAUGAUGAAAUGGGGAAAAUAUAUUUUGUUUCCUAAUAUAUUUGUGUAGAAAGGGUAAAAUAUCGUUUGACGUGAUUAUACGUUUUCAAAGAAUUCAAGAUGGCGUAGAUUUCGCGCGAUUUUACGGAACAACAGCAAAAAUAUUUAAAAAGUUGUAUAAUUUUAAAUUGUAAAAUGUAGGUAUAUAUUGUAACUCUGACUUUGCGGAUGAACAACACCUCAGUCCCGCCGUGACCAUGAAGGCUGCAAAGUCUUCGAAACGUCGGGAGAAAAUUAUAAUAUAAAAAACCACGAUAAAAUAGUUUAUUUUAAUGCAAUAUGUUUAUUCAUUAUGGUUACAAGACGGUGUGGUUUCGCGUAUCUGUUUUUAUAUUGUUACAUCUCAGAUCAGUCAGGGCCCUUAUUCUGUAUGAUAGUGUAAACGCGUAACGCGGCUGUGUCAUGUUAUCUUCGAGAAAUGUGCGUGGAAUAGUAUUCUGUAAGCCAAAUUUCUAUAGUCCUAAACAUGAUGCGUUGUGUUACGUGCUUGUUACACACUGUCACAAUAACGUGCGGGAUAGAGAAUAAGGCCCCAGAUCAUGCAGUGCCCAUUGGCUAUGACAAUGUAUAUUCUUACAUGAAAUAUAAAAAACAUAUAAAUCAGUUGCAAUGUUCUUAAUUAUGGUUGAAGUAUGCUGUUAUGUAUAACUAUGUAAAUUUUAUAGGAGAGUUCUCAAAACUGCCGCGUCGGUCGGGUGGCGCUCUAAUCGCCAUAUGUUUUGCUAUAUAAAGGGCCUAAUGUAGAAUAUUUUUUGAUACAACUUGCAGAUAAUGUAAACAAAUAUUUAUAUUAAGGCGAAUGCGUACGUCUUUCUGCCGCAAUUUUUUCGCUAGAUGGCAUUGAAGUCAUAAAUAUUUUUUUUUAAAUUAUGUCCAAAAUACUAUGUUUCUAUAAAAAUGUUUGCUAUAUGCUAAAAGUACAUACUAUGCUACAAACAAAAUGUAUGAAAAAUGGGCCUUACGCAUCAACCUUCACUUAUUUACAUUUAUACAUUUAAAAUUCUUCCGUUGCGACAAAUGCCAUUUGGCCUACUUACAAAUAAAUUGGCAUCCCAUGAUGGGCAUGAAUAAAUUAACUGGUUUUCAAUUGCUUAUAAUUGGAACUUACAUUUGACAUUUUCAUAAGGUCUUAUUUUCAGCUCUAUCUUUGGACAUAGACCUUUCGUAAGAUGAGUUUGGGUCGCCACGAUGAGUUUAUACUAGUUCGUAGACUUCAUAAAUGAAAUUGUUGUAGAAAACUUUGGAUUAUGUUGUUGUCCCACCGUAAAAAUAAACUCAUAUUGUAAUAAAACGUAAAUUUGUGUACAUUAUCUCCAAGUUAUAUCGAGAAAUAAUGUAAGUUGUUUUGUUUAUAAGCGUUUUCAGAUUUUAGCUUAGCUCUCGGUUUGAGCAGCUUGUUGAUCUGAACAUCUUGGUGUUGUAAAACUUAAUAUAAUCACAAUAGAACCUCUGACAAUAUGAUUGAUCGUACGAAACGCAAUAUUUAAGUCCGUUUUUUUCUUCAUUGGGUCACAACCUGUUUUGAUUAAGACUUCACAAUAUGUUCCGAUUGUAGAGACGCGACGGGAACCGAAAUGCUAUUAAAAUUAUGAAUUUUAUGAGUAUUACAAUACCAGGAUGACAUUUUUGACCCUUUCUCUGCGGUCGACGUCCUAUCACGUCAUGCCGUCACAUGCUCGACGUUUUAUUCCGUCUUAAACACGCCAUAUAAAUUAGCGUCCUUCAGGAAACUUUACAUUUUCAAUAUUGAUAUUAAGAUCUUUGUUGGUUCAAUUUUAGUAUAUUGAUCGUGUAAGGUUUGCCUAAUGUUAUGGUUAAUAAAUCCGCACUGAAAGGGCAAGGAAGGAUACACUAUACUUAAGGUUAAUGCAGUAUUUUACAAGUUUUUAUAAAAACGCGGAAAACUGAAAGAUGCAUAUCCAGUUAUAGAAUGCAAAUAUAUCUAUUAUUUCCUUCUCUACUCCAUCACUUAGAGCUUGUAUAGUUAUGUGGCAAAAAUUUGGUAAAGUAAAAUACUCAUUCAGCUAUAUUCGUUAUGAGAUAUUAAACUAAAUCAUAAAUUUGAUUAUGGAUUAUAUCUAAUGGUAGCUGCCAGGGUAAAGUUUAUAUUGGGAUGUCUUCUGCCGGAUAUCUUGGUAGAUCAUUAUUUAUUCCAACGAUAUUUAGUCACGAUACAAUUUUUCACAAGCGAAAUAUGUACUCAUGAUGGUUGUUGAACGACUGAACAAUAUUUUGCAACGUGUCAAUGUUAUACCAUCUUGACAACAGUGGUUGAGGGUACGAAGAUUACUAAUUUUAAAGCAAAGGUUAAUAGACAUUUUGUUAAUAAUAAUUGUUGUUAAAAUAUUAUUAAGUAUGGUGUAUCCGUGUAUGUUUUUGUUCGUUUUCUUUUGUGACCCAAUUUAUUAAAUAUUCGAUUUUAUUAUUGUGUUAUUUUACUUAGAUAAUUAUUACAUUAUACAUAAUAUAUUUA